GUCCAGUUGCUCUGCAACAUCCAUCUCCCACUGAGAUAGAGCAACACAAGCGACUCCCUCUUUUCCUUUCUCUCUAACUCUUCUUCCCCCCCCACCAUACAACCAUGUCAGUGGUGGCCGCCGUCGUCGCAUGCGCCCCCCGUCAGAUCAGGGUCCUGUUCUACCAGCCGCAGCAGUCCUCUCUGCUCGACGGCAACGGGUGACCUCGAUCAGUUCUUGUGUCCGCCUCCGUCUCCGUCUUUUCCGCUAUUUGGUCUUGUCUCCUCUUCCUCCUCUUCUAUCUCGAAUCCCUCCGACUCCGCGUCGUCUCCUUCCGUCUCUCCACCAACCGAUCUUCACUGGACCCCCGUCGACGAAGAGUCUAGUGUCGCCUUUGACAUCUUUGUACACGAUCAUUUCUUCCGCCCUUUGGAUCAAGUCGUCUCUCAGUAUGAAGGUGACGGCUUAUCCAUGAGCGCCGGGGAUUCACGAAUUGAUGCAUCCUCUUUAAGCAUAUCUGCUUCUAAUUUCGUAUCCUCCGACUCUGCAACAAUCGGGCCAUCGCCUCCAGCUCUCAGCACACACUCGCAUACCCUCCCAGUUGACACUCGUCGCGCGACCCCUCUGGCUCCGUCUCCCUCGCUCUCUUUCCCUUCAGCUUCGUCUUCCACGGCCCCGCCUGCUGCCAAGUCGAGUGAUCGCAAACGGCCGCUCGCGCCCAGUCCAAUCACGGAAAUUUCGGCCGAAAAAGAGGCUGUCAUCGAGAAGAGACAGCGGAACACUAUGGCUGCCCGCCGGUGUCGUCGCAAGAAGGAAGACCGUCUGGCACAACUUGAAGCACAGCUCAAAGCCAUGACGGCGGAACGCGACAGUCUGCGACUUACCGUGGCCAGGCUGCAGGGCGAGAACAUGGCUUUGAGGAAGCGUUGACCUAUCUACAAUAUAGUAUAAAUUAACAGUUCGAGGGCGUAUACUAGAUGUAGAUUCUAGACUCAUUGUACACUUUCAAGCCGGAGACACUCUUUGUAUCGUACCAUUGUCUGUUCUCUACAAAGCAUCAACAUUGUUGCUUCCUUUAUUACAUUGUCUACCAGGACAAAGACUGACAAUGGCCUUAACAGUUUUGAACUUAGAGCUAUCUGUGAACAAAGACACUUCAAAGACAUUCAAAGGGCAUUCAUGAACUUCUACUGUCAGAAUCACGAUAGAAUGAUAUAAAUACCAUGAUCCAUCUACC